CACCUGCCAGUGUGACAAAAGAGGAGGCUCUGAAUAACAGAAUCUGAUAGACAAGUAGAUAACAUGAGUAGAGUGAGCACAGAUGCCAGGCACAGAAGCAAGCCAUGGGAAAACCUUUUUCACCAGGAAAAUGGGGCCCCUCCAGCGCCAGCUGCGCCAGGGGGAAUAUGGAAUGUUCCAGUUUUCCCCCAUGUUUGAAAGUGACUUUAUCCAGUCUAUCUUGUACCCUCAGAUCAGCAAACAAGGUGGCCCAGUUGAGAUCCACAACCAGGAGCAUAUUGUGACUCUUGGCAUUACCUCUACAAGCCCUGUCCUGCUGAUCCCAAAUGUGCUGCUCCUGGCACGGCCCAUUGCCCCAUCUGAAGAGCACACUACAAAGGCAAAAAGCAUCUUCCACCGUCACCCACCACCAAGAUAUGAGCUAACCAGGUUAUUCCCUUUGCGUUACGUCAAGAUCAGCAUCCACAAUGCAGAGAAAAAGCAGCUGCGGUUCAAGCUGGUGAGUGGCCGCACCUUCUACCUCCAGCUGUGUGAGUCAGACAAGCGAGGUGAUCUCUUUGAUGCCUGGGUCAGGAUUGUCCAAAUGCUGCGGCCGCCCUCCGAAGAAAACCUUGAUGAGCAUCCGAAGAAGAAAGGGAAGAAGCCUAAGAGCCUGAAACCCAGUUCGUCAGCUCCAUCACUGCCUCUCAAAGGCAAAGUGAAGAACGCUCUCAAGAGUUCAUCUCCUAAACAUGCAUCUUCAGGAAAGCGCAACUGGAAUAUUCACACUGCCACCAAAAUGGCCAGUGCCCAGGAAUUUGAGACCAAGAAAACAUGUGAGCCAAUCAUAUCUUCAGACAGCUCGGGCAGCCUCCAGCCUCUAACACCAGCACUGCCUUCCAGAUCAGAGAACGCACUCACAAAGGAUCCUGAACUGCCUCUAGAGGCCCAGGAGCUGGCUGAGAAGUCAGAAAAGGAGCCCGCUGAAUUGAGCCCCAACCGGAAGAGCUACGUUGGCGAGAAAAGUGGCUCCCAGACUAAGAGAAAAUCUGACAUAAAAAGCCAUCGAAGCAGCUCAGGAGAGAAAGGCAGGAAGCCGAGCAAAAUUGUCUCCCUCAUCAGAUCCUGCUCCUGGGGAAGCACAAGGAAGGACAAGCGGAGUGCCAGAGCCCGGACCAGAGGGAGGAAACGCAGAGGGGAGUGAAACCAGGAGCUAGAACUAAGAGGUGACAAGAAGAACUAUAGAGGAAGGACAAGCAGAUUGCCAGAGCCCGGGCCAGAGGGAGGAAACGCAGGGGGGAGUGAAACCAGGAGCCUAUAGGCACAAAGGGCAGGAGUCUCUGCCCCACCUGAAAUUCUAAAUGUAAUAAAGAUGUUGGUUGGUUAUA